AUGCCAGGGGACUCGAGAGCACGGGCCCAGCUAGAGUCCAAGCCUCUCCCGGGCAUCCCUCAUGCCUCCCCGAACCCCGACAGGGACCGCCCCUGCACGUGGGGCUCCGAAACCAGCCUCCACUCGGGGAGCAAGGCUGCAAGGCUGCAAGGGGGGAUUCCCAGAGCCUCACCUGCCCCCAAGGUGGCAGAGCAGCUCACCAACCCGUUUGGAGAAGAUGACGACGACCUUGAGACCAACUGGAUUGUGGACAGGAGCUUGCAGGUGUCCCUGUUGGCCGUGGACGAGAGGCACCAGGACCUGCCCCCAGUGGAGCGGGGCCUGUACUGGAACGACCCGGAGCCACAGCCCCCCUACACGGCCGCCUCUGCCCAGUCUCGCCGACCCUCCUUUUCUGGCUCCACCUUCAAUAUCAGUCUGCACAAGGAAGAGACGGAGUUCCAGCCCAGCCAGGGGGAGGCAGGGGAGGCGGGCGCGCACACUGGCAUCCUCGGCUGCCUCCUGGGGCUGCAGUCCCACCACCACCCCAGCAGGACGAGCUCGAAGACCAAGCUAAUGCUGCCCCAGAAGGAAGGCCUCCUCCCUGAGGGCCAGCCCGAGCACCUCAGGGGUGCCAGGAAGCGCCCCGGGGACCCGCAAGACAGCGAGGCCUGGAAGAUGAGGGGGGAGGAGACCUUUAAGUCCGCGGCGCUGUAUGGGAGGUCGGGCUACCACAGUGCCCCCCAGACGCCGCUCAGCUCCACCCCCAUGGUGCUCCCACCAGGGCCCUCAGCACCCCGUCUCCCCGGUGUCGACAACACUGUCAAAGACCAGAGCCCGCAGCCUGUGACGCGAGGGGCCAGGAGGAGCUUGGAGCUGCUCCCAGAGUGUGCAGGGGCCUCGAUGGAGCCCCCGGAAUUGUGUCACAGCAAGAGGAAAACUGUCGAGUUUAACCUGUCAGCGGCCCCCAAGAGUCAUCUCUGAGAACCACAUACACGAUCGACAAGCAGCAUACACACGACACUCACAGACCACGACCCCUUCUGGGCCUUGGAAAACAGGGAUGAAGCACAUUCCUAGUCCGUCUCCCCAGGAGCAGCGGCACCCGCCUGGUCCCACCCGUGUACACACCACGGGACUCUGACCCAGUCACAGACAGCUGUCCACACGGAUGCUCCCGACAGCCUGAAUUACAUGGUCAGCUCAGUGGAUAACGAUAAUCAUUAGUUUCAAGACUACCUAAGCCUUUAAAUGCCCUUUGUACAUAAAUGAAAGCUAGAAUGAGCCACUAGAAACAUGUAAUUCAGAAUCAGGAGUCCCAGAGUCCUGUCUGAAUUCCACACCCCCAAGCCUUGGUAUCUUUCAUGAACUUAGGGGUUUCACGUAACUGAGGACGAAUAAACUAAGGGUUUUCAUAAACACAAGUCCUGUCAGGCGUUUCAUUUUAAUUAGUGUGAACCCGGCACUGACGCAUUUAGCAAAGGCGGCCUAGGUAUGACAUACUGCAGCCGAUCCCAGGAACGCACAGACAACAGCUGGGUACCAAAUUACUUUAUUGGAAGGAACGGUACAAAUGACAGACAUGAGUGGAUGAUUUGGUACAAGUUAUA